CUAUUAGCUCUCUCUCUCGAUCUCCCCCUUAAGUAAUCUUAUUACUUAUAUUAUAUAUAUAUAUAUAUAUAUAUAUAUUACUUAGGAAUAUGGAAGGCUCCUCAUCAUCCCUAAUUGUACGAGUAAUUAAUAAUAGUGAUAUUUUUCCUCACAACAAAUCGUACUACUACGUUCCUUCAUAUCAUUAUUCUUAUUACCUUCACAAAUGGGGUCCCAAUUCCAAGUCCAAUUCUACUGCUAUUCCCCAUGAUGAAGAGACUAUUACUGUUAUGCUUUUCAUAGCACUAUUAUUAUUCAUAAUAAUAAUAGUGUUAUUAUUACUACUCAAAAACUUGUUCGUGAAACUACUUAUUAUUAGUAGUAGUAGUAAUAAGAAGCAGCAGCCUACUGCCACUACUCUUCCUCCGGGUCCCUCCCCAUGGCCGAUCCUCGGAAACAUUCCGGAGAUGUUGCGGAACAGACCGGCGUACCAGUGGAUCCACCGUCUCAUGAAGGAGUUGAACACAGACAUUGCCUGUAUCCGCCUCGGCACGGCCACUAAUCUCAUCACUGUCACCUCUCCGGAGAUAGCCAGAGAGUUCUUGAAGAAACACGACGCAGCGCUCGCUUCCAGACCCGACACGGUGGUCACUUCUCUAAUAAGCCGCGGUUACAAGACCACUGCCCUCACUCCAUCCGGAAACCGGUGGAAGAAGAUGAGGAGAGUUCUGGUGUCCGAGCUCUUCAACCGCUCUAAGCUCGCUUGGCUUCUCCAGAAGAGAACCGAGGAAGCUGAUGAUCUGGUUCGCUUCGUUUAUAACCAGGCCUUGGCUAGCAGUGGCGGUGGAGAUGGAAGAGCAGGAGGAGUGGUGGAUGUGAAAGUUGCCGCGAAGCAGUACGCGGCUGGGGUAAUGAGGAGAAUGAUCUUCGGCAGGGGAUAUUCUGAGAAGGGAAGUGACGGUCGCCCUGGGAAGGAAGAGGAAGAGCACGUGGAGGCUGUGCUUACUGUGCUGUCACACGUUUAUGUCUACUCUGUAUCGGACAUUCUGCCAUGGCUGCGGUGGUUUGACUUGGAUGGUCAUCAGAGGACUGUUGGUGAAGCCAUAAAAGUGAUCAACAACCACCAAGACCCGAUAAUCAGCGAGAGAAUUCGAGAGUGGAGAGAGGACGGUCAUGAUGCUGAGGCCAAGAAGCAACCAUCAGACCUGCUUGAUGUUCUCAUCUCGGCCAAAGAUUCUGACGGGAAUCCACUUUUGUCCGACGAUGAAAUCCGAGCACAAGUCACGGAAUUGCUUUUAGCAGGAAUAGACAAUCCGUACAAUGCAGCAGAGUGGGCACUGUCAGAGAUGUUGAACCAGCCAGAGAUGCUUGAAAAGGCAACUGAAGAAAUCGACAGAGUGGUUGGCAGUGGCAGUGGCAAACUCCUCCAAGAGAGUGACAUCCCCCAACUCCCUUACCUUGUGGCCUGCGCAAGAGAAGCUCUCCGCCUCCACCCGGUCACCGCCUUCAACCUUCCCCAUCUCUCCACCGCCGACUGCACCGUGGCCGGCUACUUCAUUCCCAAGGGCAGCCACGUCCUGCUCAGCCGCCACGGCCUCGGCCGCAACCCGGCCGUGUGGGAUCAGCCGCUGCGCUUCAAUCCGGAGCGCCAUCUUCCGGAGAACAAGUGUGACUUGGGGGAGUCGGAGCUGCGGUUCAUCAGCUUCUCCGCAGGGAGGAGAGGGUGCGUCGGAAUGGGGCUGGGGACCAACAUGACUAUUAUGCUUCUGGGAAGACUGUUGCAGUGUUUCACCUGGACGAUGCCACAAGGAGUGGAGAAGAUCGAUCUGAGGAGUGAAGAGAGCAGCUCUCUCUUUAAGGCUACGCCAUUGUAUGCCCAUGCAAAGCCUCGCUUCAGUCCAUCUCUCUAUACCUCAUUAUCACAUGAAUGAAUGUAUAGAGUUAUUUAUAGUACUAUCGUUGAUGAUGUUAUACACUAUUCUAUCCUAGUAUAGAUCAGUAUUGGUGUUCAUAGGGGUACUCACACACCACCUAUCUUAUAUCCCUUAAUUACUUGGUUAGGUUAUGGAUUUAUCCCUUAUAUACUUUGAGUUUGACUUAGUUUUAUGUACUAGUAUUGGUUUAAAUUGAAUUUAGUACUUUUUGAGUUUUGUUUUA